AUGAAGCAGCCAGCUGAGAGCAGCCCGACCCCGACUCCAGCUACUACAGCAGCCUUCACGCCUGAGCCUAGGCCCACACCUAUCGAUCUGGUGGCUCUUAGCGAGGGGGAACGGGAGGAACCUGUGAUUGCUGAGACCCUGGAGGCUGCUCAUUCUACUACUGUUACACUCCACAUGGGAGAGGAGCUGGAGGGGUCUCCUGUGGCCCCCACCAAUGAGGUAGCUACAUCAAAGGUCGAGGAUGCUCCUGUUGCCCCUACCACUGAGGCAGUUACACUCAAGGACGAGGACGCUUUCGAGGCUAGUAAAUUAGUAGCCAUUAGAAGUACUAAUGUAGAAGUAACUACGAAAGAAGUCCCCGUGGCGCCCUCCACUGAGGUGACUACACCCAAGGGUGAGGAGGCUCAUGUGGCUUUCGCCACAGAGGUAGCUACACUUGAGACGGAGGACUCUGCUGUGGAUCUUACUACUGAGCAAAAGACGCCGGUGACUAGAAGUGCGUCACCAGAAGUUGCCGACAAACAGGCCGAAGUCACGGUUGAGGUGGACAAGGACACGACGAAAGAGGCAUCAACUAAGACGGCUGCUGUCUCGAGCGACCCUGAACAGACUGAGAGGCUGAUGGAAGCCCUUGAACAUACAGAGGAGGGAGGCUGA